UGGACCAGGAAUGUGAUGACGAUGACAGCGAAACCCCAGUGCAGGCCCCAGUUCGUGAUCAUGACGAGUUGGAGAGGAACCUACCUGUGGUACCGAACUUUACGUUGUUACAGAAGAGUGAGUCAUGAGCAAAUCGGAGGUGAAAAGUAACGGUCAAAAUGACAUGGGGCACUGAUAUUAUACCUGACUAUGUCCGGGCCUUCCUCGUUGAUACACCACCGUUCUUGCCUUCCCAACUUAUUUUCGUUCCUACCUACCAAACAUCGCACAGUGUGCAGUCCAAAAUGCCACCAUCGAAGCGGUCACACUCUUGCUCUUCAUCAUAUUCAUCCCAAAAGCGCAUUGCUACAACCGGUACAUCCAGUGAGAACGAACUAACCAGCCUACACACGUCCUGUGUUGAGCUCCUCGAAAACGUCCGGCAAAGUCUAGUCGAAUCAGCCGACAUCCGAACUCCCUGGAUUAUGUCUCCGUCCAGCCCCCUAGCGUCACGGUCGCGGCCUAAUAGCCCGACGAAACUAUCCGAUGCCAAUUACCGGUGCCGAGUCAUCCAAAGGGCCAAGAUCUGCGUUGAUAGCGAACUUCCAGUAGACGUCAAGCAAUACGUCGAUACCAAUGUUUUCCACCCCUGGGUUGAUACGGAGGAUGUUACUAUUGUGGCUAAACAUCUCUCAACUGCAUCGAAGGCCCUAGUACUAGGGGCGUUUGUUGAACAAGAUUGGCUUGUACCGCUACGUUCAGCUAUCGAUCGGUUGAUACCUGUUGGGCUCCUAGUUGCCAGUAAUCGUGACUGGCGCGAUGACAUAAAACCCGAAGUCCACAGUCCUGUACCUCUCAUCCCGAACAAGCGAGACGUUUCAAAUGAACCCAUAUCGAGAUUCCUACCCACCCAAGAUAUCGUUGAAAAACCAACCUCAAUCCUUAAACUCAAGGACCCUCGCCCCGACAUUUGUGUCGGGUUUUCCGACUCGGAACUAGCAAAUGCACUCCUAGUUACCAAAGGCAUUGAUGGUGCCGAAACGUUUUUGCAGGAUCUACAAGAGAACUCAAUCCUGAUUAGCGACCCCCAUUGUACCCCCCUGGGGCUUCGUUUCCCGUUUUUUAUGAUAGAGGCCAAAGCUGCCGCGACCGGCGGCAAUCUGUAUCAGGCGCAAAAUCAAGUCGCCGUCAGUGGCUCCACGGCGUUGAAAAUAUUCAGUGCUCUCUCGAAUCUACACGACCGCGAAGAAGACCGGGAACUGUUUGCCAAACCACGUCUCGCUUUCUCUGUCACUACUGAAGGGCCUAUACAUGAGUUAUGGCUCCACUUUCAGAGAGCAGAAGAAGUUAAAUUCUACAUGGUGUGUCUCGGUUCGUAUCGGACGACCUUGGAGGACGGCGCGUUGGAGCUCGUUCAACGUAUCUCAGCUGUGCUGAGAUGGGGAAUGGAGCACUUGAAGCACGAUAUCAUAAGCCUUCUUUAAGUGGCAGACGAUCACGCUAAUGAUGUUCUCCGAGGCAGUACGGAGCAUGCAAAGCAAGAACUUAUGGAGCUUCUGGACAGUCAGGAAGCCGAAGUGGAUCGGAUAAUCCAAUCUCGUCUACGGAGAAUAUCACGGGAUUAUCAUGGAGCGCUGAUCGUGCCACAAAUCCGCCAGUGUUCGGAAGAGCAAGUGCGGAUUAAGAGCGA